GUUCUCCGUUGCGAAAGUAACUAGUAGCGCGCGGCACAAAUGUUUUCUAUCAACUAACUCCACAAUAUUGAGUCGCGUCAGUUCUCCCGCACGCGUAGCUCUCUCCCUCUCUCUCUUUCUCCACCGAAGGUGCUCAAUUGAUUGAAUAGUAAGCUGUUUUUGAAUUGCUGUAUCAAUCAGUCUUGUACUCCUUAACUGCUGGCUUUCUUGAGAUUCGGAAGCAUUCACAAUGGUGGUUCUUGCAGCUUCUAUCAUUAGCAAGUCUGGUAAAGCACUAGUCUCAAGGCAGUUUGUGGAUAUGUCUCGUAUAAGGAUAGAGGGAUUGCUUGCAGCAUUUCCCAAAUUGGUUGGCAUAGGAAAACAACACACAUAUGUUGAGACUGAAAAUGUGCGCUAUGUCUACCAGCCGAUUGAAUCUCUAUAUUUGCUACUUGUAACAAACAAGCAGAGCAACAUACUUGAAGACUUGGAGACCUUGAGCAUUCUGUCCAAACUUGUACCCGAGUAUUCUGUCUCUCUAGAUGAGGAGGGUAUUUGCAAGACGGCCUUUGAACUGAUUUUUGCUUUUGACGAAGUCAUCUCUCUUGGACACAAAGAAAAUGUAACUUUUGCACAGGUUAAGCAAUAUUGUGAGAUGGAAAGUCACGAAGAAAAGCUGCAUAAGCUGCUAAUGCAGAGCAAGAUCAAUGAAACCAAGGAUGUCAUGAAGCGCAAAGCCAGUGAGAUUGACAAAAGCAAGAUUGAUAAGAAUAGAGGUGAUAAAGGAGGGUAUAUGUCCAUGCACUCCAUGGGUUCAGGAAGAAUUGAAAGUAGCUUUAGCGAUAUGGGUAUAUCUGGUGGGGGUGGUGGUUUUGGAAGUGGUUCUGGGUAUGGAUCAGGAGCGGAUGUUGAACCCUUUUCUAGCAAGUCUAAAGGCCGUCCAUCUGCAUCUGCCACUGCUCCUCCAAAAGGUCUUGGUAUGAAACUCGGCAAGACACAAAAAACAAACCAAUUCUUGGAAUCUCUUAAAGCGGAAGGCGAAUUGAUUUCAGAGGAUGUGCAACCAACUGCUACUCAGUCAAGGUCAUCCAUUCCACUUCCACCUGCUGAUCCCAUCACAUUGACCACUGAAGAGAGGCUUAAUGUGACACUCAAGCGAGAUGGUGGGGUUAGCAACUUUGAUGUUCAAGGUACCCUUUUGCUCCAAAUUCUAAACCAGGAAGACGGGCUCAUCCAAGUUCAGAUUGAAACCGGUUCGAAUUCCAGUGUCCUCUUCAAAACCCACCCCAACAUCAACAAAGAGUUAUUUUCCAGUGAAAAUAUUCUUGGCCUUAAGGAUCCUAACAGGCCCUUUCCCACUGGUCAAACUGGUGAUGCAGCAGGUGUUGGUCUUCUGAAGUGGAGAAUGCAGAGCAUGGACGAAUCUCUUGUGCCACUAACAAUCAACUGCUGGCCCUCUGUUUCUGGAGGUGAAACUUAUGUCAGCAUGGAAUAUGAAGCAUCGGCAAUGUUUGACCUACGGAAUGUCGUGAUCACAAUACCACUGCCUGCACUUAGAGAUCCACCUAAUGUUCGUCAGGUUGAUGGGGAAUGGAGGUAUGACCCAAGGGGUUCUGUCUUGGAGUGGUCCAUUCUUCUUAUUGAUAACUCUAAUCGCAGUGGAUCGAUGGAGUUCGUUGUUCCUCCGGCAGAUUCUUCUGUGUUCUUCCCUAUUAAUGUUAGGUUUGCUGCUGCAAACACAUUCAGUGACGUAAAGGUUGUUAGUGUCCUGCCACUAAGAGGCGGCCCACCUCCCAAGUUUGGUCAAAGAACACAGUUGAUCACGGAUAACUACCAGGUUGUUUGAUUUCCAAUUGCAGCAGCAAUCAAUGUGUUACAUCUAAUGGCAGGCUGUGUUGGACCCGAUUUCUCUUGAGGAUGCAUUCACUAUGUAUGUUCGGUUCCUCUGUGUUGAGUUUGAAUGACUAGGACGAUGACAUUUUGCAAGGCUAUUGGACUGGAGAUGGAGAUGGAGAUGAUAGUUUAUUUUUUAACUUUUCCCAUAGUACUGAUAAUUUCCUGUGUUAAUGUGAUGAGCAGACCAUCUCAGGAGAGAUUUUGAUCC